AUGGUGGAGGAAGCGCUCUCCAGCCCCCGGGAAGCACCAGCUUCAGCCAUGUUCCCCUACCCGGCCGCCGCCAUGGAGGAGCAGUUCCACCAGCAGCAGCAACAGCAACAGCAGCGGCUCCGGGUGCUCUUCAACGCCUCCUCGCUGCCUCUGGCCAGCAGCCUCUGGCCGCCCACCCACCUGGCCGCCGCGGGGAGCCCCGCCGUGGACCUGUCGCCCGCCGCCACCGCGGCCGGAGAGGAGGGCGGCGGCGCCGCCGGGGGGGAGGCGGUGAGCCCCUGGGACAUCGCGCUCUGCGCCACCGGGACGGUGCUGGCCGGCGAGAACGCGCUGGUGCUGGCCGUGCUCUUCUACGCGCCGGGCCUGCGAGCGCCGCCCUUCCUGCUGAUCGGCAGCCUGGCGCUGGCGGACCUGCUGGCCGGGCUGGGCCUGGUGGUCAACUUCGGCGUGCGGUACCUGCUGCAGCCGCCCAGCGAGGCGGCCACCCUGAGCGCGGCGGGGCUGCUGGUGGCCGCCUUCUCGGCCUCGCUCUGCAGCCUGCUGGCCAUCACCGUGGACCGCUACCUGUCGCUCUCCAACGCGCUCACCUACCACUCGGAGCGCACGCGGAACUUCGCCGCCGCCGCCCUCCUGCUGCUCUGGCUGGCCUGCGUGGCCGUCGGGCUCCUGCCGCUGCUGGGCUGGAACUGCCUGCGCCAACCCGGCGCCUGCAGCGUCCUGCGCCCGCUCACCCGGGACAACGUGGCCGUGCUAGCCGUGGCCUUCCUGCUCCUCUUCGCCCUCAUGCUCCAGCUCUACGGGCAGAUCUGCCGCAUCGCCUGCCGGCACGCGCAGCAGAUCGCCGUGCAGCGCCAGUCGGCGGCCAGCGCGCAGGCCACGUCCACGCGCAGGGGCCUCUCCACGCUCUCGCUCAUCCUGGGCACCUUCGCCCUCUGCUGGCUGCCCCUCGCCAUCUACGCCCUGGUGGCCGACGCCUCCUACCCGGCCGUCUACACCUACUCCCUGGCCCUGCCGGCCGCCUGCCACUCGCUCCUCAACCCCGUCGUCUACGCCUUCCGCAACCCCGAGAUCCAGAAGUCCCUGGCUUGCUGCGGCUGCAUCCCGGCCGGCUUCUCCCCGCGACCCAGGACGCCCAGCGAUGUGUAA